GGAGUGAGCUGUCCAUCUCUUUCUACUUGCGGAGGUGUGGGAGGGGCUGCAAAGAGGGAUACCCGAGAACAAGGCUGUGAAAAGGAAUCGGAGUGACAGUCUGGGUCCUUCCCUCUUGACCUGGAGGGAAAAUGGCCACCAUGCAGCCAGCUCAGGCUGUGAAAUGGCAUCGGAGUGACAUUCUAGGUCCUUCCCCCUUGACCCUGGAGGGAAAAUAGCCACCAUGCAGCCAGCUCAGGAGGAGCUUGAGGGGGAACCAUCAGAAAUGUCACCAGAAAGAAAUGAAGAGCAGAAAACAGAACAAAAAUUGGGGAGUCAAGAUGGAGCAAAGAAAAGAGAAGAGCAAAAUGCAGAAACCGGGGAUGAAUCCAGAGCUUCUCAGGGUGGUGAAUAUAAAAUUCGAGAGGAAACUCAUAACCUAAAGGAAAUGAGAAUGCCUCCUGUGUGCAGUAAAAUCUUAAGCUGCCAACAAGCCCUAAAUCAGCAAGGGCAUAUGAGUCGCAGAGAGGAGAAAGAGUAUGCAUGUUUGGAGUGUGGAAAGAGAUUUUGUCAUAGGUCAAAUCUUUCUGUACAUAAAAGAGUACAUGCAGGAGACAAACCAUAUAAAUGCUUGGAGUGUGGAAAGAGCUUCACUCAGAGUAGCAACCUUACUUCUCAUCAAAGAAUUCAUGCAGGAGACAAACCAUAUAAAUGCUUGGAGUGUGGAAAGAGCUUCACUCAGAGUAGCAACCUUACUUCUCAUCAAAGAAUUCAUACAGGGGACAAACCUUAUAAAUGCUUGGAGUGUGCGAAGAGCUUCAGUUGGAAUUGCAGCCUUACUGUACAUCAAAGGACUCAUACAGGGGACAAACCUUAUAAAUGCUUGGAGUGUGGAAAGAGCUUCAGUCGGAGUGGCGACCUUGCUGUGCAUCAAAGAACUCAUACAGGGGAGAAACCUUAUAAAUGCUUGGAAUGUGGAAAUAGCUUCAAUUGCAGUAGCUCCCUUACUUUGCAUCAAAGAACCCAUUCUGGGGACAAGCCUUAUAAAUGCUUGGAGUGCGGUAAGAGCUUCAGUCAGAGUGGCACCCUUAGUCAUCAUCAAAGAAGUCAUACAAGGGAGAAAGCUUCUAAAUGUUUGGAGUGUGGAAAGAGCUUCACUCGGAGUGGUGACCUUGCUGUGCAUCAAAGGACCCAUUCAGGGGAGAAACCUUAUAAAUGCUUGGAGUGUGGAAAGAGAUUCAGUCAGAGUAACACCCUUACUGUGCAUCACAGAACUCAUACAGGGGAGAAACCUUAUAAAUGUUUGGAAUGUGGAAAGAGCUUCAGUCAGAGUGCCACCCUUAGUCAUCAUCAAAGAAGUCAUACAGGGGAGAAACCUUCUAAAUGUUUGGAGUGUGGAAAGAGCUUCAGUCGGAGUGGCGACCUUGCUGUGCAUCAAAGGACCCAUUCAGGGGAGAAACCUUAUAAAUGCUUGGAGUGUGGAAAGAGCUUCCGUCACAGGAGCACCCUGACUUUGCAUCAAAGAACCCAUUCAGGGCAGAAGCCUUAUAAAUGCUUGGAGUGCGGAAAGAGCUUCAGUCAGAGUGGCACCCUUACUUUUCAUCAAAGAACUCAUACAGGGGAGAAACCUUCUAAAUGCUUGGAGUGUGGAAAGAGCUUCAGACAGAGUGGCACCCUUACUCUUCAUCAAAGAACUCAUACAGGGGAGAAACCUUAUAAAUGUUUGGAGUGCGGAAACAGCUUCAGUCGGAGUAGCAACCUUACUGCGCAUCAAAGAACUCACACUCCAAACAAAGACCUUCACUCUGUAUUUCCACCUUACUAGACAUCAAAGAACGCAUACAGGGGACAAGCAUUAUAAAUGUUUUGAGUGUGGGAAGAGCUUCAGACAGAGUGGCAACCUUAUUGUACAUCAAAGAACUCAUACAGGGAGAAAACCUUAUAAAUGCUUGGAGUGUGGAAAAAGCUU